AUCAUGUUUACACUUGUUUAUACAUAACCUUUCACAUCUUUCGAGCAUUAGAAAGUGGAGAUGCGAAAACAUCUUAUUGAUAUCUACUUUGUUUCGGAGAUACUCGAUCUGGCAAUGCCGCAUACGAUUGACACCGCUCGCUGUCUUCGUUUCGUAUAUCGCGAUUUCAUCUGAAAAUUUCUUUUAUUCUAAAUAUAACGUCAACCAAUACGCGAUUAAAGUAAUAGUGAAAUUAUGAAAAUAAUUCAGUAAUUUAAUAGAGAGAGAGAGAGAGAGAGAUAUUUAAUCCAUCGUUAUGUAACAUCGGCUAUCGAAUUCAAUUGAUGUGUUGCUAACUCGUAAAUCUAGUUGAGCAAUUUUAGAAAUAAUCGUGCAAAAUGUUAAUUUCGAGAUUACUACAUGAGAUUAGUAGAAAGUGGUUUAACAUACGAAAAACCACCGGACAGAGCGUACAAUCUGCGAAAGAUACAGUUUUUCGUGGUGGUGUUGUUAUCAUUAGCACUGUCUUAAUAGUCUGGCUGUCUAUAUUUCUUUACACGGUUUUUUACUACUCUUACAUGCCCAGCAUGUCCUAUGUACGCCCUGCACAUUUGCAAUUCAAAUCAUGUAACGAGAACAAAGGAAUUUGUAGCUUUCCGCAAGCUUAUGUACAGCUGACUAAAAAGCAGCAACUUCUUAUGGUAGGACAGCCAUACAAAAUAAAUCUACAUUUAGAAAUGCCAGAAUCGCCAGCGAACAAAGAGCUCGGUAUGUUUAUGGUUUGCGCGCAGUUACGGAGUCGUGAUAGCCAUCUCAUAGACCAUACGUGUAAAUCAGCUAUGUUACAUUAUCGUAGCAAAUUAUUACACACGCUUACAACUCUCAUGUUUUCACCUAUGAUGAUUUUUGGGAACAUUGAAGAGAAGCAAGACGUUGUUCUUGAAUUGUUUAAUAACUUUGAAGAGGAUCAGAACCAUCCAGUAACAAUUAUAUUUAUUGAGAUUCAAUCACGGCAUAUAGAGUUCUAUUCUGCCAAUCUGAUGAUAAAUGCUCAUUUAUCAGGACUACGUUAUUGGAUGUUUUAUUGGCCAAUUCUAUCAGCCUGUAUUGGAAUUGGUACAAACUUAUUUUUUAUAAUGCUUGUGUGCACCUUGUCGUACAUACAUUUUGGAAUUGAAGAUGAAAAUUUUAGUUAUGAAAAGAGCGAGACGGAGGAUGAUAAUGACCUCAAGAAUGAUUUGUCAGAUACAUCAUCUCAGGAAGAUACAUUAUCCGUAACAGACCUCAAAAGUGAGGAGAAGAGCAUAGAAGAAGAAAAACUUGUUAAGGGAGAACCGAGUUAUAUCCAGGAAAUUUCCACGCUAAUGGCUGAGUCAUCGAGUAGCGCUUUGGCUAAAUAAUUAAUUAUUACGCUUAUA